AGUGAUACGUGGCUAGCUAACGAUUUUGUAAUCUCCUCCACUAGCUCAAACCAUGGCAUCCUCUAAGCCUUUUCUCGCCAUCGCCCUCCUCCUCCUCGUUGCCCUCCUCAUGGUUGCAGAGGCGCAGCCGGCACCCAAGAUAGAUUGUCCAUCGGCGUGCAAGGCUCGCUGCGCAAAGAACUGGAGGAACAAGAUUUGCAACAAGGACUGCAACAUCUGUUGCGGGAAGUGCAACUGCGUUCCCUCCGGCACCAGUCAGGCCACACGCAACGAAUGUCCCUGCUACGCUAACUUGCUCAAUUCCAAGAACGGAAAACUCAAGUGCCCCUAGUCCCCGAAGGCACUCAUGCAUGAUUCAUGGCAGCCUGCUAGCGGCAAUAAUCUCCACAUGUAUUACCUAUACCAGUACGAUACGUAUCUGAUGAAAUGUACUGCUCCAAGAUCAUAUAGCUAUGGUCUUAAACUUCUUUUUGAUUA